UGUUAUGAGCAAACAUAGUACGCACGAAUUCACCUUCAACUCCAAGGAAGACUACAAUACGACCCUGGAACACAUGAAACAAGAAUUUGAAGAUCGCUGGAACCACCAGGAGAAGUCUCCCUACAGCAACCUACAUAACUAUGAGCCGCGGGCUGUUCUUGGCCACGGCAGCUUUGGCACUGUGCUACUGGUCAAGGAGAAAGUCGGGACAAGCUACUUUGCUGCCAAGAUGAUGGGCAAGGAAGAUCUUGUGCGGGCUAAACAGGUUACUCAUGUCCAUAACGAGAAGCAUGUGCUAAGUUCCGCACGAUUCCCCUUCCUCAUCCACCUGGUGGACUCGUCAAAGGACUUUGACUAUCUCUACUUGAUAAUGCCGCUUAUCAGCGGCGGCGAGCUUUUUAACUACCAUCGCAGGAUACGGAAGUUCAAUGAGAAACAGGCUUGCUUCUAUGCUGCCCAGGUGGUGCUGGCUUUGGAGUAUUUGCACGAGAUGCACCUCAUGUACCGAGACCUUAAGCCCGAGAACAUUCUGAUAGACACUCGGGGCUACAUCAAGAUUACAGACUUUGGAUUUGCAAAGCGCGUGGAAAGUCGCACCUCGACCCUGUGUGGAACCCCUGAAUACUUGGCUCCAGAGAUUGUGCAACUGCGGCCAUACAACAAGUCGGUGGACUGGUGGGCCUUUGGCAUUCUCCUCUAUGAGUUUGUGUCUGGGCGGUCGCCCUUCGCCUCUUUUAGAAACGAUGUACUCCGGAUGUACAACAGUAUACGUCUCUGUGACUAUAAGAUGCCCGUGUACUUCAGCAAUCACCUGAAGAACCUUGUGGAUAACCUCUUGCAGGUGGAUACCUCGAAGCGUUUAGGAAACUCUAAUGAAGGCUCCAGCGAUGUGAAGAAUCACGCCUGGUUCCAGAGCGUCGAAUGGUAUGCCAUUCUCAAUCAGGAGGUUCCAGCACCCUUUGUGCCAAGUGUCACCGGCGACGAGGAUCUCUCCAACUUCGAGAGCUACAAUGUAAGGCAGCGGCUUAAUUCUCCAAUAGACCGCCAUCCCGACCUAUUUCAGAACUUUUAAAUGUUCAGCAGUGAAAACAGUCGUCCUCAUCCAUGUCUAAAAUAAUAAUGUAUUUUUGUUUUUUAUUUUUA